AUGGCCGGCAGCUGUGUCGUUUCAGACCAUCAGAUGGCCGCGAAGGAUAACCGGACGGAUGUCGAGGGGCGGAGUCAGAUCCGCCCACCUUCUGUUCCUGCUCAGGUCAGCCACUAGCUUUCUUGAUUGAAGAUUCGAAAUUUUUUAAUAAGUUAUGCAGUUGAAGGAAAAUCAUAAAUGAAAAGUUUUCAGUUAGUUUCUUUGAAGAUUGACUCGUAUUUCUGCUCGUUUAGAAUAAAUAAAUAAUGAAAGAAUUGACUUUUUUUGGAUUUAUCGUAUGAUAUGCAUUCUCCGAACGUUUCAGAAAGAAAUUCGGAAUUUGUUAUUUCAGACUUCAAAUAUCUUUCAAAAUUUAAAUUUGGUUGGAUGGUCUUGGCAGGAUGUAUAGAAAAUUUUAUUAUUAAAUCUUCGUCCGUCUUAAUUAUUUUUCUUGUUUUCGAGCAUUUGGAGCCCGACGUAAAUCUCAAAUUCAUUUCAGCAUACACACAAAAGUGAUUUCUCCCUCAUUCGAAGGAUUUUUCCUUUUUUUUUUCUUUCUGGAAGUUUCUCCUUAAAGUUUCUAUUCUCCUAAUACUCGAUAAAAGUUCUGCUCUUAUGAAAAACAGUGUUUUCGAUCUUUACGGCAAUAAACAAUAGCGGAGUAGGUGAGAAUUAGGACAAAACUUUCCUUAGUUCUGGUUGUUUUUUAAAUUGAUGUUCCUCUGCUUCAAUUAAGGGUCUUAAUGUUUUUCUUUUGACGUCAUUGCUUUUUAUAUUGAACUAUGAAGAAAGUUACUUCAAAUUGUUGGCAUAUUUCGUUUAUUGGACUUGAGCUUUUGAACUAUUUUCCCAUCAUGUAUUUAAUUCAAGUUAAAUACUAGUUUAUCUGAAUGAAAUCUUUUUUUGAGCGGACCUCAUAUUUUAGAACUGUUUCGCCGUCGCUUUGCAACUCCAGACUUGUUUAAAAAUCUAUUCGUAUUUGUCAGUUCUACACUUUUUUCAUACCAAAAUCGUUCUUAAUUUUGUUUCGCAGGUCUUUGUGUGUGGCGUGGUGCCUGGCGCCGGCCAUUCUCUGUUUGUACGUGGUGAGGUGACCUGUGGUCUGCUUUCGUCCUCCUCCUCCUUUAUUCUACACAUACAUCUGUGCCGUACUUUACUAUAUUUUCUCUAAUCUCUCGUUCUCCAAUGCGUACCGUUUGCUGAAACGAGUGCGACGCCAGACCCACUGUCGGAAACAUCGAUUUAUGCGCGUAGGCUCUGACCAUCACCACCUUCCAUCCAGUUACCAUCGAAUCUGCAUAGUUAAGAUAUGAACUCCUUGGAAACUUGCUGUACAUGCUGGAUAAAUUCUCUGGACUCUAGCAAAAACGAAACAUGUAAUUGGAGGCAUUUUUUCAGAAGACCUCUAAUCCUUUAGGACAGAUGUUUUUACCCGAUUUGCACCGCGUUUUAUUUUGUCCAGUAGAAUAUUUUUCCUUUUUUCUAUAGCUCUUUGAUUGAUGUUUUUCUUAUUUUGCACGAAUACGCGAUUUCAAAUGCUAUUUGGAAUUUCAAAUCCAGAAGCGGAGGCUCCGCCUCUGCGUCUGGAUAGCUGCCAGAAGGCCCCACGGGCAUCUGUGCCAUCCAGUGCGUCUGCACUUCGCACCCUUUCUUCUCGUUUUCAUGUGCUUCUACAAGAAUUCAGUUCUCAAAAGGAUGUUUCUGAGGCUUUGA